GUGUCUAUAUAACGGAGUCGCCAAUGCCCCUGUUCUUCCUCCGGCAUUCUCAUUCUGUUCCCUUCCCUGCUCUUGCUCUCUCCCUCUGCAUACACACCUCUUUUCUCUCUCUGAAAUCUCUUCUCUCGCUUGUCUCUCUCUCUCUCUCUAUUCAUCCACCUCUCUAUUGCAUAAAGCAUUCCCUCUAUAAGAAGCCAUUGGAUUCUCUCUGCUACUGCCUCUGAAAUUAGCAGCCAGUCCUCAAAUUUCGGCAUUGGCAACCUAGAUAAACAUACUGUGAAGCAGAUCAAAUGGCCAUGCAGCAGUACAAUCCAGAGCUGGAACAUAUUCAUUUUAGUAGAGAAGAUAACAAUUCCCUAGAGAAGCAUAAAUCCGUCUCGGCCAGGGUUGAUGGGUGUGAAAAUACUCCAUCAGGAGGUGGUUUUGACUGCAACAUCUGCCUAGACUCUGUGCAGGACCCAGUGGUGACACUCUGCGGUCACCUCUACUGCUGGCCCUGCAUUUACAAAUGGAUUCAUUACCAGAGUGUCUCUGCAGAAAACCUUGGUGAGCAACAGCCACAGUGCCCUGUAUGCAAGGCUGAAAUUUCCGAAAAAAGCUUAGUCCCACUCUAUGGCCGUGGCCUAACUACAAAUCCCUCUGACUGUAAGCCUCCACAUCUUGGUAUAGUCAUACCAAGGAGGCCACCCAGUCCGAGAUGUGGAUCCCACACAUUGUUAACCACUCCAACCAACUCUAGCCCACGCCGUGCUAACCAAAUUCAUCAUCAAAGCUAUCCACAACAGCCACAAGGGUACCACCAUAACGUUGGCAACUAUGCCGGGGCUACACCCAUUCUUGGUCUUGAUGGCACGACAACGGCAAAUGCGUUACAUCCUGUGGUUGGGAUGUUUGGGGAAAUGGUUUAUGCAAGGAUUUUUGGGAACUCCGAAACUUUGUAUAGCUAUCCAGAUACUUAUAAUCUAGCUGGUAGCGGUAAUCCAAGAGUGAGAAGGCAUGUAAUGCAGGCUGAUAAGUCACUUAGCAGAGUGUGUUUUUUCCUCUGCUGUUGUGUAGUUUCAUGUCUUGUCUUGUUCUAGUGACUAUUUUCUUAUUUCUUCCUCCCCUUGGUGCACCCGGUAAAAUGAACAACACAAUACACACAACUCGCCCCGAUGUAAUAGAUGAUUGAGGUUUUGCGUCUUUUGUUCUGAUGUGUAGAAUUAUGAGUCUUGUUUUGAGCUUCCAGAAGAGCUUAUGCUAAGAAUUUGUCUCAAAAGUGUUUGACUGGGGAUGUUUAUAUCUCUGAGUUUACUUUAAAGUUUGGAAUGCAAAAUGGGGAUUCAUGUACAUGUAUCUAUCUUGUAAACAGAUAUACACCGACGCAUGUGCUAUAAAAAUUGGAGCGAGCCUGAGGAGACAACGUAGUACUUUGAGAUAGGUAUCUACAAUGUUGUCCACGAGUUUCACGGAUAGUGGUGAUCAUGAUUGGAUAGGCCACGUACCUGGCCAACUCAUAUUGGACAUGGUCCUUAUCCUC